GCAGCAGCAGCCGCCGCCUCCGGGGAGCCCAGAGACACAGCGAGCCCGGGAGAGAGCGAGCGUCCAGCCAGGAUGUCUGUGGCUCCUCCCAGCUACUGCUUUGUGGCUUUCCCCCCACGGGCUAAGGAUGGGCUGGUGGUGUUUGGGAAGAACUCAGCGAGGCCCAGAGAUGAAGUCCAGGAGGUUGUGUAUAUCGCAGCUGCGGACCACGAACCCGAAAGCAAAGUGGAGUGUACAUACAUUGCAAUUGACCAAGUCCCGAGGACGCAUGCCAUUGUGAUCAGCAGACCUGCCUGGCUGUGGGGGGCAGAAAUGGGAGCCAACGAACAUGGGGUCUGCAUCGCCAAUGAAGCCAUCAGUACCAGAGAGCCAGCCCCUGAGAAUGAAGCCUUACUGGGGAUGGACCUGGUCAGGCUGGGUCUAGAAAGGGGUGCCACCGCCAAAGAGGCCUUUGACGUCAUCGUCUCCUUGCUGGAAGAGCACGGGCAAGGCGGAAAUUACUAUGAAGACGGGAACUUGUGCCACACUUUCCAAAGCGCAUACCUGAUUGUGGAUCGAGAAGAAGCCUGGGUGUUAGAGACCAUAGGGAAACACUGGGCAGCUGAAAAAAUCACAGAGGGAGUGAAGUGCAUUUGUAACCAGCUUUCCAUCACAUCCAAGAUCGAUGCAGAGCACCCCGAGCUCAGGAGUUAUGCCGAAGGUCAAGGCUGGUGGACUACCGACCAAGAGUUCAAUUUCUCAGAAGUGUUUUCUCAAGCAGAUGACCACCUGGGCUGCUGUUCAGGCAAAGACAGCCUAGAAAAACAAGAGGAGAGCAUCACUGUGCAAACCAUGAUGAACAUUUUGCGGGAUAAAGCCAGUGGAGUGUGUGUAGAUUCUGACUCAUUCCUCACUACUGCCAGCAUCGUGUCUGUCCUGCCCCAGGGAGGGAGUUCACCAUGCAUCCACUACUUCACCGGGACCCCAGAUCCCUCCAGGUCCAUAUUCAAGCCCUUCAUUUUUGUGGACGAUGUAAAGCUUGUCCCUAAAGUCCAGUCUCCCUGCUUCGGGGAGGAUGACCCCGCCAAAAAGGAGCCCCGUUUUCUGGAGAAGCCUGACCGCCGACACGAGCUCUAUAAAGCCCACGAGUGGGCUCGGGCUGUCAUUGAGAGUGAUGAGGAUCAAGGUCACAAGCUCAUGGAGACCAUGUUGGACCUGGAGAAACAAGGGCUGGAGGCCAUGGAAAGCAUUCUGAGCAGCACUGACCCUAUGGACCCCACUGAAGUGGCCGACCUUUUCUAUGAUUGUGUUGACACGGAGAUUAAGUUCUUUAAGUGAAUGAUGAUGGGCACGCUUAGCCUUUUCCCAAGAAGAUUAGCGCUUGUCAAGCCCUGAAGGAUAGUCUUUACAUUGCCGAAUUUUCAGGAAGGCAAAACGAAAGCAAAACCUUUAAAGAGUCUUUCUCUCUUCUUAGUAGCUGUUUCAAGUUUAACAAACUGGCUUUUCUUUGCCUGGUCACAUGCUGUUUUGUGUAGAGUCCAAGGAGAACGUCAGCAGUGUGGCCACGAUUUUCCAGCGGGUGUGCUGGCUGACACCCCAUGGAAUGCUUUUCUGGGCCACUAGAACAGAUGGAUGAGAGGAGGACCUUCCUGGCCCAUGUUCCGAUGACUGGAGCUACAGGCAUGUUUUUCUUCUAGUCAGUGUGCUUGCAGUGUGUCUCCAGGAAGGCUCUUAAGGAGCGAGAGGCACACACACGAUUGUCUCAGAGGGAACUGGACACAUUUGAGAGGCGCUGAGUCAGUGCAUGGAUUGAUGCUGAAACAGCCCCUCCAGCACAGAGCUCGGCAGGCCAGCUGCUUCUCCACCUGGAUGGUGUCAUGUAUAUAGAUGAUUCAGAACCAAGCUGCUGCUGGCUAGCUUGAGGUUACUGUAAUUAAAUGGCCCCAUGGAAGGAUUCCAAACGUACAGAAGCUGGGAAUCCGCCAACAUGCAAGGCAGAGGGGGAAAACCAGCAGCCAGUGACCAUGCAGGCAUCAGCUGAUGUUCUUACAUGCCCAGAUUCCCUCACUUCUCUGGGAAACUUGGAGGCACUCUCCCUGUGUAUGCAUUAUCUCAGCAGCCAGUUAGGGUAGUUAAGUUGAUUCGUUCUGCACGUGUAGAAUUAAGUGAAAGAAAGCAAUUUGUCAACAGCGCCUGGAAACCAGCUUAAGGGGUGCCCAGAUUGGGUCAGUGCUAUGAAGACCGAGUACAAGGAGGGCUAGAGAGGUCCAGCAUUGCUCUGCAGGGCAGCUAUUGGACCCUGUCUCCUGAAUAGCUGGUGUUUAUUUACAAGUCACUUUAAGGCUUCCCAAGUGGGUUACCUGCAGCGUAGUCUAUUUCCUGCUGCUAGCUGUACAUUGUUGACUUCUCCUCUGUCUGACUCUUUUUCCUCACUGUUUCCCCACUUCUCAGCUGCCGUCUCCCAAAAAGCUUACAUGGGGAAAGCUCUUAGACCAAGGCGUCCCCUCUCCCCUUCCUUGCUUGACUGGGAAGGGACUGACACGUGUUUUCUAAAGCCCUCAUUUAUUAUUAAAAUGGUCCCCCCAAAAAGGUCAUAAUUUUAAGUGGGUGAUGAGAUGAUCAUCAGCUGAAACGGAUAAAUAUAACAACGAAUGAAGGGAACAGGAGUAAGUUAGGGCACCUGGUCUGGGGCCAUUGGGAUGGGAUUACUUUGCACCACUUGUGUUGGUAGGACCCUACAGUUGGGACAGCUUUGAAGGUUACCUACCCUUCACAAUGUUGUAGCUCCAGCCUUCUUCCUUCUGUACAUAUGCUCCUUGCUUUAAACCUGUUAGCCAAAGUCCUGUGGUGGUUGAAAAGCAUGGCUAUUUUAUCAAAUUCUGUAUCUUAUGAUGUUAACUCCAAGUGAAUGGAUGCCUGAGAGCUGUCCAGGUGAAAGAAAGCACAGACUGCGGGGUGUGCUUCUUUCAGAGUGAGGGAAGGCAGGGCCACAAAAACACAACAAUAAAUUUGCCUCCGUUUUCACACUGCGGGCUACCAACUGUACAAUUUUCUCUCUGGAGAGCAGGAUAAGACCCUUGACUACUUCUGUUUAGUUUCCAUGGCCACAACAGCUUUCAUGGGCUUCCCAUAUACUGGUGGAAGUAGAGGGUAGGAAUGGUGGAGAUAGUUUGGUGAUGUACCACAUCUCAGUGGUCAUUCUUGAGUUGAGCUGUAGACUAUGGGUUCUUAGACCCCACAGACUCCUUUGGCAGUCUGGGGAAGCCUGUGAACCCCUUUGCAGAAUCAUAUUUUUAAAUGUGUAAAAUUAAAUAUAUAGAAUCACAAAGGAAGACAGUUACAUUGAAAGGCAAUUAUAAAAUUUUUUUAAAAAACAUUCAUGGACCCCUUGAGAUUUAUCCAUGGACCCCAGGUGAAGGACCCCUGUAAUGGAAGGAGUGAUGAUAUAAUAUGGGGUAUCUUAAAUAAACUAAGAAAACCUGGAGAGAAAUUCUACAAAUUCAUGAUGGGUACGGGGGGCCAGUAGACCUUUCGCUAUUGAGAACUCAGAGAUCUGCUCCGUAUCAACCAAGCUGAUUUGAAUGUUGAGAAAAUAAAUUUGGUUCUCCUGAUUCCUACUGUGGCUUAAGUCCUUACUGGUAUAAUCCUAAAGCUGAACCUUGUUGCUCUAGCUUGAUGCCUGGACCCCACAGACAAGACUGCUGAGACUAUACACUGACCUUGCUUGGGCAGAUCAAAAGAAUGGCGGAGCAGGCUCUGGCAGGUUAUUUGGACCAACCCUUUCUAUGCUGUUCCUAGCCCAGCAUCACUAUGCUGAUUCAAUGACUCAGAGCAAGUUUGGUUUCUUGGAUAAGGCUGGUUACGAGGAAAUGUGGACCUCGUAUUGCAUGCACGCUGGGGACAGCCCCUGACUAAUUUCCAUUUCCCCAGGAGUGAUGGGAAGGUGGCCACUGAAAAGCAAUUAUAUUUGGGUAGGCUAAGUCAUUGAUGUUUCUGCUACUCCCUCUGAAUGGUUUUGCAUAUUUAGUUAACUACUUAUACAAUUCUGUGCCUGAUCUGAUUGGGCCUUUGCCUUCUGUGGCUGAAGAAAUACAAAACCAAACCAAAACAACCCAACUUCAAACUAACAAAAACUUAAUGGGGGCUUUAGGUCUCUUGGAAAAUGCUUGAGGAGGCUCAUAAACUCCAGUCUGUUCACUGAGAGAGAAGUGAUAUCGUAGGCAUGACAUUUUUUAAAAAUAAAGUCCAAAGUUUGGAAUGUUGACAAAUUUACCAUAUUUAUGAUGUGGGAGCCAUCUUUGGAUUCAGAAGACAUAACCAAUAAGGGCAGAGAGGCUGGCCACAAUCAUCAUCCAGCCCAAGACAACAUUAAUUCGAUUGUUGUCUAGUUAGAACCUGGCUGCUUACCAGCCACAGACGAGGACAAGCCAACCAUUUUGAGAGGAAAGAGCCCGGCUUUUAUAAAAUGAAAGGUUUCGAGUGGUAAAGGUUAUAAUGUGAAACCUACGAAUUAUUCAAAUGAUCUGUAUGAGGUCAUCACCGUGAAGAAGCCCCUGCAUCAGAACAUGCAGACAUUUACUCCACUUAGAUCCCAAUAACACAGUUCUUGGCUGUUGAGCGAAGACACGAAAUUAUCAGAACGUACAUAUGCCAAGAGAGACAUCAUGGCCUAGUGAGUAGAGUCAGCCUUGGGGUCGGGAAGAUCUGGGUUCAAGUCUUGCCUCUCUGGUACACAGUUGUUACACAGACCCACUUCUCUCAGCCAUGGAGGCCAGGCAACUCCAUUAAUUGGAUUAUUCUUAGCCAAUGCUGAUCAUUUCAUGCAACUUCUAAAUCCCAUUUACAGUUUCUGAUUCUGUGUCAAUGUGUGCUUUCUCUGACUGAACCCAAACACUAUGUGAACCUUCAUUUGCUAAUUCCUUGUGGAAACUCACCUGCACCUGUUUGCAAUCAUCUCGUGAUAAACUGAAGUGUCUUUAAUGGAAAAAUACUCUUUGUUGAGAACAAUGAAAGAGGAAACAUUCUUUUUCCUGUUGUGGGAGCAGACAAUGUAGUUAUGAUGAUGAUUUUUUUUUAACCAAUGCCUUUGAACAGGAAGAUAUUCUUCUCCAGCUCUUUCCUCUAUGACCUUGUCUAUAAAUGCAUUAUGCAUAAAAUUAAAACUACUGAAUCACCCUAAA